GUGGAGCGACCCAAUGCCUUCGGCAUUGACCUGCAGGUGGCCUUGAUGACCUUCUUGAGGCUUCUUCUCGUGAUGGUCCUCAUUGUCACUGCUCCCUCCUUUGUGGUCAUGGCCUUCGGCUACAGCGGCAUGGACACUGGCGGCUUCGACAUCAAGGGCGAGGGUAACUUCAUCCAGACGGUGCGAGCCAGCUCU